AAUGAGGAAGGGACCUAAGAGAAAAGCCGCCUCUCUGAAGCAAGAGGAGAACCAUAAACCAGCUCCCAAAACUAAGCGUCCUAAGGCCCCCAAGCCUCAGAACGAGCCUGAGUAUUUCCAAGAUAAGCGUAACUUGGAAGACUUAUGGAAAGCCGCAUUUCCUGUUGGAACAGAGUGGGAUCAACUGGACUCUGUUUACCAAUUCAACUGGAACUUUUCGAAUCUAGAGGAUGCAUUUGAAGAGGGGGGUAAACUGUAUGGAAAGAAAGUUUAUCUCUUUGGUUGUACGGAACCUCAAUUGGUCCCUUACAACGGAGAAAACAAAGUCAUCUGUAUACCUGUGAUUGUGGCUGUUGAGUCUCCUUUCCCACCUUCAGAUAAGAUUGGUAUUAACUCAGUGCAGAGAGAAGCUGAAGAGAUUGUUCCUAUGAAACAAAUGAAAAUGGACUGGGUUCCAUAUAUUCCACUUGAGAAUAGAGACAACCAAGUUGAUAGGCUGAAAUCUCAUCAAAUAUUCAUCUUAAGCUGCACUCAGAGACGGGUUGCUUUGAAACAAAUGUGUAGAUGCUCGAUUUCAUCGGGGACUGCAUCGGAGGCUUCGUAUCCAGUACACGAUACAAAUUUGGACCAGUAUGAGCCCAAAUCAGCCCAAUAG